AUGAAGCCUUCAAUAGAAAGAGAAAAAGUUUUAGUGGAUUUAUUUGUUAUGAGUAGGUGUCCUGAUGCGGUUGUUUGUGAACUUAAAGAAGUAAAUGAUAUUGCUAUAAUUACUACUGAUUAUGUGGCAAAUUUAAAUGAUUCUGAAAAAUACGGAGUUACCUGUAAACAUGGAGAACUGGAAUGCAUAGGUAGAUAG